AUGUGUAAACACAUCCUGAACGCCCAAGUGGCCAUCCGCUCUCACUGCUGCCGGAAAUGGUUCGAUUGCGCCGAAUGCCAUCAAGAAUCGGAGUCACACAUGCUCACAAAGAGCGCUGAGAUGAUCUUCGCGUGCAAGAAGUGCAAGAAGUGCUUCCGGAAAGACGCCGCUGAAUUUGACGAGAGCGACGAGUACUGCCCACACUGUGAUAACCACUUCGUGAUCGAGGCCAUAGAACCUCAAGCCAAAUUGCAUGUCGAGGGUGAUGAUGCUCGCAUGGACAGCCGAAUGCUCAAGGACGAACGUGUCGCUCGAGACGAAGAGCGCUCACUCUUCAACAUCCGAGAUGUGUCGGACCGCAUGGGCUAA